AUGUGCCCAGACUUCAGCGACCAGCAGGAGUCACGUUCCCAUUUCACAGACGAGGUGCUGGAGCCUCAGCAGAGGUCACGUGGCGGCCUUCGCCAAACCCAAAUCCCAGCUCAGCUUCCUGUCCCAGUGCCAGCCCGGAUGCCAGAUCAUCGUCAGUGUGCCGGGGAAGCUGGCAUUGCGGGCCCUGGCACUAUCCAGGCCUGGGCACCCCUUUACUAUCAGAUCAACCUGGAGGUUCCAGGGGCACUGGAAGUGGGUGUCGGGGCAGGGCUGACUCUAGACAUCUCUCUGCUCCUCCCAGAGAUCCGAGAGGCCUUCAAGGUAUUUGAUCGAGAUGGCAACGGCUUCAUCUCCAAGCAGGAGCUGGGCACGGCCAUGCGCUCCCUGGGUUACAUGCCCAACGAGGUGGAGCUGGAGGUGAUCAUCCAGCGGCUGGACAUGGAUGGUGACGGCCAAGUGGAUUUUGAGGAGUUUGUGACCCUCCUGGGACCCAAGCUCUCCACCUCAGGAAUCCCAGAGAAGUUCCACGGCACCGACUUUGACACUGUCUUCUGGAAGUGCGACAUGCAGAAGCUGACGGUGGACGAGCUGAAGCGGCUGCUGUACGACACCUUCUGCGAGCACCUGUCUAUGAAGGACAUUGAGAACAUCAUCAUGACGGAGGAGGAGAGCCACCUGGGCACGGCUGAGGAGUGCCCGGUGGACGUGGAGACCUGCUCCAACCAGCAGAUCCGCCAGACGUGCGUGCGCAAGAGUCUCAUCUGCGCCUUCGCCAUUGCCUUCAUCAUCAGCGUCAUGCUCAUUGCGGCCAACCAGGUGCUGCGCAGUGGCAUGAAGUAG